AUGGCGACCGAAACCACCACUACCACGCCCGCGGCGCCCAGCGCAACAACCGCCGAAAUCACCCCUCUCCCAGCCUUCUCUCCCGACCUCUACCAACGCGCCUGGGCCUCCAUCCCGCACCCCUCCCUCCCCCUAAUCGCCACCUGCCACGCCCACUCCGUCACCGUCUUCUCGCUGUCCACGCUCUCCAAACACUCCGUUCUGACAGGCGGCCACACCCGCUCCGUUCGCUCGGCGGCAGAGGAGAGGUUGGAAAGGGAAAUCAGGUUGCAAUCUGGAGAGAAUGAUAAAGAGACAGAAGAGGAAGAAGAGGCGGAGGAUGAAUGGGAACUGACCCUCGUGCUGGAAGGUCACGAAAACGAAGUCAAAAGCGUCAACUACUCCCCAUCGGGUCAGUACCUCGCUACAUGCUCUAGAGACAAAAGCGUGUGGAUCUGGGAAGACGUGGGGAACCCGAACCCGUCUUCUGAAGAGGAGGAGGAAGAGGAAGACGAAGACGAAUGGGAGACGGUAGCCGUACUACAAGAGCACGACGGCGACGUCAAAGCUGUGGCCUGGUGUCCUGACGUUCCCGGCCGCAAGGGCAAGUACGCGCCGCCGAGAAGGUACGGGGAUGACGUUUUGGCGAGCGCUAGCUACGACAAUACGGUGCGGCUGUGGAGGGAGGAUGGAGAUGGCGAGUGGGUGUGCGUUGCAGUUCUGGAGGGGCACGAGGGUACCGUGUGGGGAGUGGCGUGGGAGGGGAGGCCGAGGGAGAACGACAAGUUCCCGAGGUUGUUGUCGUGGGGCGCGGACGAGGUGAUUAGGGUUUGGAGUCUGAAGGAGCCGGAAGAGGAGGAACAUGGGGAAGGUGCGGCUGGUGGUGGCAACAACACCUGGGGAUUUGGGGUGCCGAACACCAUGCGCCGAUCCCUCAAAGAGGAGUGGGAGUGCACGGCUGUUUUGCCAAAGGUGCAUAAGGGAGAUAUCUACUCGGUUGCGUGGAGCACGGAGACGGGGCUGUUGGCUAGCGUGGGAAGUGAUGGUGUUUUGGCGCUGUAUCAGGAGACUGUCAACACCACAGAGAAGAAUGAGGAGAACGAGACGAACGGCGAGGCGCCAACAACAACGUCUGCUGGUGGUUGGAAGGUUCUCACCACCGUCAAGGGCGCUCAUGGACCAUACGAAAUUAACCACAUCACUUGGUGUAAGCGGUACGAUGCGGGAUCGGAACGCAAGGGCGAGGAGGAGAUGUUGGUCACGACGGGUGAUGAUGGUGUUGUCAGGCCUUGGCAGGUUAGGAUACAAUGAGGGAGGAAGGGGGUUUGCUGAGGGUUAUUUUGCAGGUUAUGUUAAUACUGGAAGUACAGUUUACGGACAAACGAAAUUGGACAUGUAUCAGGGAUGCUUAUUAGCACAAAGAAGGGCGAUACAUGCCGGCCGGUUGGAUGUUAUGAUACCCCUAUAUAAAAUCGAUAUAGGACUUGCCACGCUGCCUUUUCCACGUCAAGUUGUCAACGGGGAAGUGACAAAAUACGUUACGAUGAGUCCGCCGUGCUGGAUGUACUCUACCCAUUACACGAUAUUCACAUGCCCC